CACAAAUACCUCGUCUUCUCUCUCUCUCUCUCUCUCUCUCUAAUCUCUCCCAUCAUGGCCAUUGAAUCCUGCAACCCAUCUUCUCUUGGUCCAGCGGCCUGCGAGAAAGAUGCGAAGGCGCUUCAAUUCAUCGAGGAGAUGACACGAAACACCGACAUGGUUCAAGAGAAGGUGCUGGCCGAAAUCCUGAGCCAAAACGCCGAAACCGAGUACCUUCAACGAUACGAGCUCGACGGGGCCACCGACCGGGACACGUUCAAAUCAAAGAUUCCGGUAGUCACCUACGAAGAUCUUCAGCCCGAUAUCCAACGCAUCGCCAACGGCGACCGCUCACCGAUCCUAUCGGCUCAUCCCAUAUCAGAAUUCCUCACAAGCUCUGGAACAUCGGCCGGUGAAAGGAAACUGAUGCCGACUAUUCGAGCAGAGCUUGAUCGUCGCCAACUCCUCUACAGCCUUCUCAUGCCUGUAAUGAAUCUGUAUGUGCCGGGCCUUAAUAUGGGGAAGGGUCUGUACUUCUUGUUCAUCAAAUCAGAGACUAAGACGCCAGGAGGGCUGCUGGCACGGCCAGUCCUAACUAGCUACUACAAGAGUGACCACUUCAAGACCAGACCAUAUGAUCCUUACAAUGUCUACACUAGCCCCAACGAGGCCAUUCUCUGCCCUGACUCUUUCCAAAGCAUGUACACUCAAAUGUUAUGUGGCCUCUAUCAAAGGAUGGAAGUACUUCGAGUUGGGGCUGUGUUCGCAUCAGGCCUCCUCCGAGCCAUUCGGUUCCUUCAGAUACACUGGGAAGAAUUGGCCCAUGACAUUGCUACUGGGACUCUCAGCCACAAGAUCACAGACUCUUCGAUUCGAGAAGCUGUGUCAGGUCUCCUCAAACCCAAUCACCAACUUGCGCAGCUCAUCACCAAUGAGUGCUCAGGUGGGAAUUUGGAUGGGAUUAUCAAGAGAAUUUGGCCCAACACCAAGUAUCUUGAUGUUAUUGUAACAGGUGCCAUGGCUCAGUACAUUCCCACCCUCGAAUACUAUAGUGGAAGUCUGCCAAUGGCUUGCACCAUGUAUGCCUCUUCGGAGUGCUACUUUGGGCUUAACCUCAAUCCCAUGUCGAAGCCCUCAGAUGUCUCCUACACCAUCAUGCCCAACAUGGGCUACUUUGAAUUCCUCCCUCACGAAUCAUCAUCCGAUCAGAUACGCAAUUCAACUCCCCGUCUUGUUGAUCUUGCCGAUGUAGAAGUCGGCAAGCAGUAUGAGCUUGUGAUAACAACCUAUGCAGGACUCUGCCGCUACCGAGUCGGUGACAUACUCCGAGUCACUGGGUUCCACAAUUCAGCACCACAAUUCAAAUUCAUUAGGCGCAAGAACGUGCUCCUGAGCAUAGACUCUGAUAAGACCGACGAGUCUGAGCUGCAGAAAGCAGUGGAGAAUGCAUCGGAGCUCCUGCGUGAGUUCGACACGAGUGUGGUGGAGUACACGAGCUAUGCAGACACUAAGACGAUCCCAGGGCACUACGUGAUCUAUUGGGAAUUGCUCGUGAAGGACCCCUCCAAGGGACCGAGUCAAGAAGUGUUGAAUCAGUGUUGCUUGAUCAUGGAAGAGUCGAUGAAUUCGGUCUACCGGCAGUGCCGGGUUGCAGACAACUCAAUUGGGCCUUUGGAGAUAAGGGUGGUGAAAAAUGGCACCUUUGAAGAGCUGAUGGACUACGCCAUUUCGAGGGGUGCAUCGAUUAACCAGUACAAGGUUCCGAGGUGCGUGAACUUCACACCAAUCACUGAGCUUCUUGACUCGAGAGUUCUCUCUACGCAUUUUAGCCUAGCUUGCCCUAAGUGGACCCCAGAACGACGGCGAUAGACGCAGGGCUAGCUUCGCCUUCUGUGUGGAUUUGCGCAAUGAAUGUUUCUGUUUCCCUCUUUGUUCCAAAGAGAAACUGUAGAAUUGGUUCUUUCUUUUUCUUAAGUUUAUUUCUUAUUUCUUUUUAAUGUUCUUUGUAGAAAUAGUGAAGUUGAAUUUGUGGUACAAAUGGUAAAUUAAGCAAAUGUUAAGGGCGA